AUUAUCAGUUACCCCUCCAUGAGAUUCAUCGAGCACCACCACAUGCACCCACAAUAAGAAAUUCCUAUCGCACGGACUGCGCUUUCAAGCCCGAUAUAAUUACAUUUUUUCAUUCUUUGAUCAGGAGGAGGAACCCCGACGCUAUCGGCUGCGUCCAAAAUGGCUGACAAGUCGCAUGUGCACGAAGAAGGGGCUGCCGAGUCGAGGCCGAAGCUGGUCAAUCGGCUCAACGAGAGUCGCUCGCCAUAUGUUCGCGGACACAUGCACAAUCCGGUUGCAUGGCAACUCUGGGAUUCACAAUCUAUUGAGCUAGCGAGGAAGCAUAAUCGACUCAUCUUUGUCAGUAUCGGUUAUUCGGCGUGUCAUUGGUGCCAUGUAAUGGAGAAGGAAUCGUUCAUGUCCAAUGAGGUAGCGAACAUUCUCAACGAAUCAUUCAUACCGAUCAAGGUAGACAGAGAAGAGCGGCCGGAUAUUGAUGACGUUUACAUGAAUUAUGUGCAAGCAACGACUGGAUCGGGCGGCUGGCCACUCAAUAUUUUCCUUACCCCCGACCUCGAGCCGGUCUUUGGCGGCACUUAUUGGCCUGGUCCGCAUUCCAGUUCUCCAGCACAGUUCGGCACCGACGCGGGAGUGAACUUCAUUGACAUCCUGGAAAAGUUGCGCGACGUGUGGCAAACUCAGCAAGCACGAUGCCUCGACAGCGCCAAGGAGAUUACAAGACAACUGCGCGAAUUCGCAGAAGAAGGGACGCAUGUGCAGCCCGGAGGGAAAGGAGCCGAGGACCUGGAGGUUGAGCUUCUUGAGGAAGCCUUCCAGCAUUUCGCAUCUCGCUACGAUCCCGUAAAUGGCGGGUUCGGGCGCGCGCCGAAGUUCCCCACGCCGGCGAAUUUGAGUUUUCUUAUUCGACUGGGCAUGUACCCAAGUGCGGUGACAGAUAUUGUCGGACAGGAUGAGUGUACGAGGGCGACGACGAUGGCAGUGAAUACGCUGUUGAAGAUUGCGCGGGGCGGCAUUCGCGACCAUAUUGGAAACGGGUUCGCACGAUACAGUGUCACAACAGACUGGCUGCUGCCUCAUUUCGAAAAGAUGCUCUACGACCAGGCGCAACUGCUAGAUGCCUAUGUAGACGGUUUUCGCGUGACGCACGAACCUGAGCUUUUAGGUGCCGUCUACGAUAUUGUCGCGUACUUGACAAGCAGCCCAAUACAAGCCGCCGAUGGUGGGUUCUACUCUUCAGAAGAUGCCGACAGCUUGCCUUCGCCGAACGACACAGAGAAGCGCGAGGGGGCGUAUUAUGUAUGGACAAUGAAGGAAUUCAAACAGGUACUUGGUCCGAGAGAUGCUGGGGUAUGCGCGCGACACUGGGGCGUAUUGCCAGACGGCAAUAUUGCGCCCGAGAAUGACCCGCACGACGAAUUGAUGGAUCAGAAUGUGCUGUCGAUCCAGGUGACACCGAGCAAGCUAGCUAAGGAAUUUGGGCUCAGCGACGAGGAAGUUAUUAAGAUUAUCAAAUCUGGGAAACAGCGAUUACGAGAAUAUCGAGAAAAGACGCGAGUACGGCCAGAUCUAGACGAUAAGAUUAUAGUCGCAUGGAACGGGUUGGCUAUUGGAGCACUCGCAAAGGCAAGUGUGCUGUUAGAGGAGAUUGACCAGAUCAAGGCACAGCAAUGUCGAGACGCGGCACAGAGGGCGGUAGAAUUUAUCCAGACCAAACUAUAUGAAUCCUCAACCGGCCAGUUGUGGCGCAUCUAUCGCGAUGGCAGUCGCGGGGAGACCCCCGGAUUUGCGGACGAUUAUGCAUAUUUGACGAAUGGCUUGAUCGCGUUGUACGAAGCUACGUUUGACGACAAGUAUUUGCAGUUUGCCGAGCAAUUACAAAAACACCUCGACGAAAACUUCCUCGCACCCGGCGCCGAACCCAGCAUCAUCGCGGGGUACUACACAACGUCAUCAAGGCCUAUACAAGGGAUGCCAGGUCCUCUCCUACGCCUCAAGAGCGGAACUGACUCAGCAACGCCAUCUGUCAAUGGCAUUAUCGCCCGGAAUCUGGUUCGCUUAUCGACGCUUCUCGAAGACGAGAAAUACAAAACUUUUGCGCGGCAAACCUGCAAUACCUUUUCUGUAGAACUGCUGCAGCAUCCAUUCCUAUUCGUUAAUCUGCUCGACGCGAUAGUCGGACUCGAGAUCGGCGUGCGGAAUAUUACUGGGGUGGCGGCUACAUCAGAAAAGAAAACCCAAGCAGAGCUUAUCCAACGCAUACGACAAGAAGCAGGACUCGCGGUGUCGACGGCCACGGCGGCAGUCGCAUUGGUGGAUGUGCGUGCAGCUGCUACGAUCUCGUCUAGCUGGAUCAGGGGACGGAACGUGUUGUUUAAAGAUAUCAAGGAGGGCUCGCCGGUGCGAGAUUUCUUGCUUGUGUGCGAGACAGGGAGCUGUCGGACGGUGGAUCUAUAGAUAGAUAUUUCCGACUAUUUGAAUUUUGAAUAUGUGCCCUGGUUAUCUUAAUCUGAUUAGGAGGUAUUCUGGGUGAAGGAUCAUGUGAUAUACAGCAUUUUUGGAGUCUCAAAUUGA